AUGCUGGCACUGUCCCCUCCGGGAUCAGAGGAAGCGGCGUGGUCCACGGUUCGAGCCGACGAGCAUCUGGAUGAAAAGAAGACGAGCUCGCAGAAAUACUCGCAUCCCGCGUCUUCUGCCUCUCCUUCCUGUGCUUCCGCUGUUUCCUCUUCUCCCCUCUCCGCUCUCCGUGCAAAUGCUUCUUCCGCGUCUUCAGUUCCGAGUUUCUCUCCGUUGUCGCCGGCGUCGUUGUGGUAUCGGCCAGACCGGCCUCCCGACCCUUCGCUCUUGUGUCCUCUCUGGCCGUCGUUCGCCUUCCCUUCUGCGUUGCCUCUCCACAGCACGGCCCUGAAAAGGCGAGGAACACAUAUGCUCAGGAAGCAAAGCGUGGUUCUCGUCUGUGCGUACUUGCGCUUGGCUGUGGAUCUCGCCCACGACGCUUCCUUCCUGCGCGUGCUGAAUCGCCCAAAGCGCGGCCUCGGCCUCGCCCUCGUUCGCGCGCUCUGCCGGUGCCUGGAGAGUCUCGAGGGGAAACCCGAGGCUGGGAGAGGAGGCGAACCGGGCGAAGACGCAGAGGACGAAGAGGGAGGAAGGACAGGAAAGGGAGGGCAAAGGAAAAAGAGAGAAAGGGAAGCAAGCCGUCCACAAGAACGCGGUGAGAGCGACGAGCUAGGAGAUGAAGACGACGGGGACGGCGAAGCAGGCGGGGCAAGAGGCAAGCAGGCCGGAGGGAAGAACCUGGUCAGUUGGGACGCGAAAUGGAGAGAGGGUCCUCUGGAGGGGGUGGAUCGUCUCCGGAGAACCGAAAGAAGGCUGUACGGAGCAGAUCAGGAUGCACGCGUUUUCUCCCUCUUUGAGGCAGCUUGCCUCAUCGCUGGGCUCGACAAACCCACGCAGGAAGGUGACAGAAAGGGAGUCCUCAAAGGUGAAGACAAACGCCGCGAAGGCCAGGACGGCCCUUCGCUCUUGUCACGAACAAACGAAGGAGCGGACAAGUCCGACAGCUGCCAAGGAACGGGCCCUCGCCCAACCGCCUCUUCGCGUUCUCCGUCUUCGUCGCCUGGUGGAAACUCAGCGAGUCGGAGACUCCCGAGGGAGACCGACAAACCGUCCUCGUGGUCUGCGUCUCUGGUGAAGCAGGCAAAGUGUCCGGCCUCCGCUGUGGUUCGCCUGCGGCGUUUCCUCGAGCAGUUGCGGGAGCUCAGAAGCCUCACUCAGCAGCCGAGCGCGGGGGCGGGGGAUGUCGUCCUCUUUAUCCUCAAAGCGCUUGGCGUCGAGGCGUUCCUCGCAGGUGUCUCCGAAGAGGAGACAGCCAGCGAGAAGACGGAGAGGGAGACGGUGAGGGAGACGGCUAAGAAGGGACGGAAGAAGGCGGCGCGUACUGGUGAAGCGCGAGGGGAUGGAAUCGGAGACUCUAAUGAGCGGUCAGGCGGCCUUUUGGAAUGCGACGACGGCGAGAGAGACGCAAAGGCAUCGGCAGCAAAAGCAGCCGACGCCUCCUCUCUGAGCAACAAACUGGAGGAUGUUUGGGCACUUUUGCGGCUCGCCGAAGGGUACACGCCGAACGCCCUGCAACCGACAGGGUGGGACUGCGUCUGGCGGUUCCUCAAAGACCUAGCGAAUGACCGGUGCGGAGAAGGAGAGAAAGCCCGGAAAAACACGAUUUUCCUCUCCACCAUUCACCAGGCGAAGGGCCUGGAGUGGCCGGUCGUGAUUCUGGCGAAAGCGAACGAGGGGCACCUUCCCCUGUCGAGUGAAGACGCGUCGGGGUCUUUUGUGUGUCUCCCUCCACGUCCUCGGCCUCCUCCGCGGGUUCCUCUCCCCUCUUCUGCCUCGUCGAAUCCCUCGUUGCCGACUGCCUUUUGUUGUCCCUCUCGCGCCUCAUCAUCCGCCUUGCCGGCCGCAUGUGCUCCGUCUUCCUCUGUUACUUCUUGUGCAUCCUCUUCCUCUUCUUCCUUUCUCUGCGUACCUCCGCCGUCGGUUGCUGUUCCGGCUCCCGUCCCCUUCUCCUCGAGCUCAGUCGCGCUGAGUGCGGAGGCCCGUAAGAAGCGCAGCCUGCAAGAGGAACGCGCGUGGGCGACGAUGAUCGAGAAGAAGAAGGUGGAGGAGCGGGAACUGCACGAAGAGCGGCGCCUCUGCUACGUGGCGAUGACGCGCGCAAAGACCCAGCUGCUGGUGACCGCCUCGAAAACCGAGAAAAGUGGGCAAAGCCUCCGCCUCUCGCGGUUCGUCUCGGAGGCAAAACUGUUUCAUUUCCAUUCGCUGUCCGCGGGCGGCCUGCAGCCGAAGCGAGAGCGAGGAGACACCCCCGGGCGAGCGGCUGCAAGAAGCGGAGACUCGGGAGAUCAGCGCCCAGAAGGCGGAAGAACGCUGAUGGACGAGAAUCGAAACUGGAAGGAAGAGCGAGAGAGACGCAGAAACCCGGAAAGCAGCAGGGCAGAAGAAGCGCGAGAGACCGAAGACGAGGGAGAGGGGUCGGGAAAGGCCGAGAAUUCCACAGGAGAGAGAGGCUGUGUCUCUGAGGGCGGCACAACGGCCAAGCGCGGCGAGAGCGAGCUCGACCGAGAGAAAAAGCACAAGCGAAAGAGCCAGGCGAGCGAAGAAGACGCCGUCGAAAUCGACACAGAUAUCAGAGACCUUCUUGAGCGGAGCAGUCCUCCGACGCGAACCGGGAUGUGGGGGCGUUUGCUGGAAGAAAAAAGGAAAGGCCGCCAAACACUCACGUCGCUUGCGUGUCUCUCUUCGUCGUCGAUUUCCUCCACUGGUUCGGCUUCGUCCGCUCCCUCCCCUUGCCACUCGCGUUCUGUGGUGUCUCUGGAGUCACUUGUCCCUGCCGCCUCUUCCCUUGCUUCCUCGGACGCGGCUGUGGGAAGGCGGCUGUCAGCUGGCGGCUCUGACGCCUCGCGAUCUCCGCUCCUGCGUGCGAGGGAGACGGGCGGCGGGCUGCGCCUGGGGAAGGCGGAGACGGAAAAGAAAGGCGAGCGAGAGAAGGACGAAUGGCGCCGAGGGCGUUCGCAGGCAGAAGCCUCGGCAUGCCCAGAGUUCUCUGCGGCGGCUGCUGAAGGCGGAGGAGCCGAAGGGCGAGAAGCGGAGGAAACCCAGAACGAAGACAAACACACCACUCGGGGUGUUUUGCCUCUUACGACGGCGGCCGAGGAAAUCAUCACGCUGGAAAGUGACUUCGAGUACGAGGUAGACGCGGCGGAAAGCUCUCAGGAAAAGGGAAAGGAGACAGAGACGCAAGGACUGGCUCCCCUCGAGAGUUGCUGUUUCGCGCAUGCACGAGGCCGGCAAGACGCUGUGGAGAGUCUGCAAGACAGGGAGACGAACGAAGGCGCCGAUAGAGGCGAGAACGCCAGACAGGAAGACGCGAGACAGGGCCAACGGGAAGGAAAAGAAAGCAAGGAAGACAAAGAGAAAGCGAGUGGACGGGAAAGGCAGGCGAGCAAGAACGAUCAGGCGAGGCGAAGCAGGAAAACGGCCCCUGAGGUAGGAGCUGAUUACAUUUGCAUUGACGAAGAUCGAGACAGGAGCCAGGGAGAAGAUGCAGAAGCCGACCACGAGACAGAGACGAGACAGGCAAGACUCGCGAAGGCAGAAACCACGGUGGAGGAUUUCGAGAGAGAAGCGGAUGGAUUCGAAUCGCCCAGAGGCGAGGAUGCAGCCGUGGGAAGCGCAGACGAAAACGAAGAAUGCGGAGUGAGGAGAGAAACCAAAACAUUUUUUCACAGCGCCCAAGACCUGGCCAAACGCGUCGCUCGGUCGUCCCGUCUUUCAGGCGGCUCGGCGGGGAUCGAACUCCCUCCGCCACAAGGCCACGAUCUACGGACUCCCAGCAAACCUCACGUUGACCCUUCCAUUGUUCCGUCUCCUUGUUCUUCCGGUGCGUCUUCCGCCAAUCUCGACGCUUCGUCUCGUCGCCUGGGCAGCGCCGGUGGGACAGUCCGUCCGUGGCGUCGUUUGCUUUUGAAGAAGUGA